AUGGAAGCCAAUUCGAGAGAGGCUCCUGCGUUGCCCGGCACGAAAAUGAGUUGUUUGGUAGCCUUUCUUGCUUCUGUGCUAGGGCCAAGGGUGGCUGUUGCCUGUGCCCAUGCAUCCUUGGCUUCACUUUCUAAAGAUAUUGACAAAGAAGAAAGUUCUAAUGGAGGAAUCACUAGAUUGAGGACAAAUGGUCCUGCGAGUCAACAUGAUACUGAAGUUGUUCAAUUAUCAACUGAAAAGGUGAUAGCUGCAGCAAAAGACAGUCUUGUUGCUGCAGCAUUGAAGGCGAAGCUUUUUGCUGAUCACGAAGAGCGUGAAAUCCAACGAUUAUCUGCUAAUAUCGUAAAUCAUCAGUUAAAAAGAUUAGAGCUGAAGCUGAAGCAGUUUGCAGAAAUCGAGACCAUGCUAAUGAAAGAGUGCGAACAGAUGGAAAGGACAAGACAGAGGAUUGCCGCUGAGCGGGCCCUCGCCCAAUUUGGAUCCACUAGUGGAUUAGCCCAACCAACAAGCCUACCUGGCAUUAGCAAUCUUAUGAUACAUAACCCUUGUGGAAAUAUUAGACAUGUUUCAGGUCCUCAACCGUCUUUUCUCUCUGGAUAUGGCAAUAGCUAG